UGCGCAUUAUACCCUUAGAGCACGUAUACUGUAUAUGAGUGACUGUAGACACAUGUUUCUAGCCCUGUUCAGCCAAAUAGCGCUUUUCUCUGGUUCAAUAAUGUCAUACGUUAUCUUCGCGUACAUUUUGCAGUGAUAGUGAUACGUUCCUCGAUAGAAAUCUGUGCAUGUAUCGUGGCCAACAAAAAGUUUUGUGCAAAAUGUCGCUCUUCAAUAAACCAAAGCGAAAUAUACGACGGCGGCCGUUCAAUGACGAGGAUGAAGAUAAUGAGAACAGGAUGGAGACCGAGGACGCACAGGCGAUCAAAUUGAAACCGAAGAAGAAGGAUAAGCCAAAACAAACGCUCCUCAGCUUUGGAGAGGAGCUGGAAGAAGCUGAUGAUGGUGAAGUUUUUAAAGUGAAGAAAUCCUCCAGAAGCAAAAAACUGAUGAAACAGCUAGAUCACGAGAGGAAAAAAAAGAAAGGUGAAGAGAAAAUGCAAGUGGACUCUGAGCAAGCGAACAUGUCCAUUAAGCAGGAAAAAGAUUUAGAAAUAAAGACAGACGAUCUAGUAGUUAAAAUUAAAAAUACAGGACCACUAAUCUUAAAUGGAAGAGCUGCCUUAGUGGCUGGGAAGGAUGACUAUACGUCCGAGGAAGAGGAUGAUGAUCCGAAUGGUCAUAAAUUCCGAAGGAAUACUGAUAGAGCCGAUACAAUGAAAAUACUUUUAGAAAGUGGUUGUAUACCGGAUGCAGCAAUGAUUCAUGCAGCAAGAAAACGCAGACAAAAAGCUAGAGAAUUGGGAACGGACUACAUCCCUAUAGAAGAACAAAGUGAAGAUAAAGGAAAGUCAAGGUUAAUCCGUGAAGAGGAUCAUGAUAGAAGCGAUGACGAUGAUUCUCAAGAUCGAAUUGAUAUGACCGUGAAUACAGAUGCUCGUGAUAAAGAAAAAAGAAGAGAAGCUUUCCUUGCAUCGCAAGCUCAAGAUAAACUUUCAGAUGACGAGUGUGAGCACAGCAUUGACGAGGAAGAAUGGGAAACGCAACAGAUUAGAAAAGGCGUAACCGGAGCACAGAUUGCAGCUGCACAACAAGAUUCUAUUAUGCAACAACAGUACACAAUGGGUAUGAGCGUGAAUCCAAUGAUGGGAUCAGGAUUACCCGUGGAUGUAUUAAUGAUGCCUGCCCCACCACCGCCCCCAUCUAUGCAUCCACCGGAUCCAACGAAGAUCGUACCAAUUUCCCCGGAGGAAGUUGUUAAUAAAAUUCGUGGAAGAUUGGACAGUUUGCGCGAGGUACACAGACGUCAUCAACUUGAUCAGGAACAGUUAGAGCAAGAGUUAGGGCAGACUCUUAAGGAAUUGGACCAGGGUGAACUCCGUGCGCCAGAACUUGCACAGCGCUUCAGAUAUUACCAAGAGUUGCGUGGGUAUGUCACUGACUUGGUAGAGUGUCUUGAUGAGAAGCUGCCUCUCGUUGUGGGAUUGGAGCAGCGCUGGUUAGAACUGUACGGAGAACGAACAACUGAACUGAUGGAGAGGAGACGUCAAGACACAAGAGAUCAAGCCGAAGAAAUAACAACAGCUGCCAGAGGGCAAACUAUGAGGAGAGGUCCAGAGGAUGAAGCUCGGAUUCGCCGUGCUACAGAAAGAGAAGGCAGAAGAGCUCGUCGUAGAAGAGCCAGAGAACUGACUCCGACGUUACCUAAACACAUUGACGGCAUGUCCAGCGACGAUGAGGUCACCGAACAGCAAAAUCUUGCAUUUAAACAGACAAAGGAGGACAUUGACAACGAGAGUAAAGAUAUAUUUUCUGACGUCGUCGAUGACUUCUGUACUGUUAGGGGCAUAUUAUCGAAAUUGGAAUCCUGGAGGGAAACAGACUUGGAUGCAUAUAUGGAAGCAUAUGUUCCCUUAUGUAUACCUAAAAUAAUCUCCCCGAUUAUUAGAUUGAAACUUGUCACGUGGAAUCCAAUUAUGGAAAGCACGGAUCUCGAAAGAACGAAAUGGUAUAACACGUUACUACUGUAUGCAUUGGAUAAUAAGGAAACUGAAGAUUCUUUGAAACGCGAUCCUGACGUCAGACUCGUGCCGUUUACGAUGGAGAAAAUUGUUCUUCCAAAACUCACAUCUAUCGUCGAUAAAAUAUGGGAUCCAAUGUCUACCUCUCAGACUUUACGACUAGUAGGCACUGUGAGCCGCCUCAUUAGGGAUUAUCCAAAUUUCAACAGUUCCAGUAAGCAGUUAGAACUGCUGUUUAAUGCUAUCUUAGAUAAAAUCAAGGCAGCAGUUGAAAACGAUGUUUUUAUACCGAUAUUUCCAAAACAAGUUUUGGAUACGAGGCACCAAUUUUUUCAAAGGCAGUUUGCAAUGGCUGUCAAGUUGCUGCGUAAUUUAUUAAGUUGGCAAGGACUUCUCGGUGACACUCAACUAAAAAACUUGGCACUUGGAUCUCUUUUGAACCGAUACCUCUUGGCUGGGCUAAGAGUGUCAUCUCCAGUCGACGCCCUUGCGAAAGCAAAUAUGAUAAUGAGUACUUUACCACGAGCGUGGCUUCAGGGAGAAACAAUUGAACAACUCAGGAUGUUUGCCACAUUAAUUCAACAACUCAGUGAACAAUUGGAUCAAGCGAAUCCAGCUCAUAAUGAGGGCUGGGAAUAUUCCAAAUCGAUCCUGAAAAUCAUAAAACCGUUGUAACGUAAUAACGUAAUUACCUAUUAAAUGUCCAGCAAAAUUCUUGAUUAAAUUUUUAUAGUUGUAACAAUAAGCGUACGAUAUAGUUUUAUAUUGCAAGAAAAAAAAGGUCUUGUGUAUUCUAAUAAGACGAUGCAGUUAUUUAAUGUUUUUAGGUGUACAAUAUAAAAAGACAGUUUUGUAUAGUAACACGUAAUAGGAAGAUUUAUCUUCAGUACGAUCCGCUGUUUCUAAACGUUUAGCAACACGGUAUAUAAUACAGUUAGAUUCUUGUAAAUAAUAAAGAGAGUUGAAAAAGAA